AUGUUCAACGACACGCUCACGACGCUCGCAGAACGCGCCGAGUUCUCGUGCCCGGUCGAGGGCCAGCCCGACCUGUACGGCCUGGGCAUCCGCAUCGGCAUCUACAUCCAGAUGCUGGCGGUGCAAAUCUCGGGCUUGCUGAGCAUAGUGCUGCGCCAGGACGACUACCUCGGCGAGAGCGUCGUCCUCUUCAUCCUCGCCGUCGGCAGCGUCCUCAUCAAGCUCAUUGUCCACAAGCAGAUUCUCGCCGUCGAGGCCGCGCCCAUGGUGGCCCUGCUGCUGGCGCAGGUCAGCGUGUGUCGCGCCGUGAGCCGGAUGGGCUUUGUGGUGGGCGUCAUCUUUGCCGUCGAGUUUUGCGGCCUUUCUUCUCUAUUCGUCUGGUUUUGGUGGCACGGCAUGGAUGUUCUCGGGCGCUCGCCCUGCGCAGACGACAAGGCCUUCUUCUUUGCCAAGGUGAGCCUCUGGGGUUGGUUCCGGACAAUGAACAAGGUCUUUGCAGUUUUCACGGCGAUUGCUGCGGGAAUGAUGGCCAUUAUGUAUAUUUUUGGUGAGAUUUUUCCCUCAAGUUCCACAGCCUUGGCUUCAAACACCGCUAAUAGUAGUCCCAUUCAAGUAUACACUGUAGCCUCUGUGCAGUACCUUUUAUACUGGUACCAGCGACUGCGCGGCCGGGUUGGGCCCUUGGAACAGAACAAUGGCGAUCAGAACAGCGACAUGAACGAUCGAGACUGGAAAGUCGACAUUCAGAGCGCAUUUGAGAUUUCCAUCAACAUAGGUGUCAUUGCCUUUGUCGAAAUGACUCUCAAAUGGAACAACAUUACAAAUGUUCACUCACUCCGGGAUCCAGGCCAGUUUAUGCCGCUCAUAAUUUCCUUGGCGCAGCUUGUCGCAAUCAUCUAUCAGGGAGUGUCUCGCGUUGCUCAUAUGGCAGCGACAGAAGAUGAGCCACUCGCUUACGGUGACGGAGACGAUACAGACUGCACACACGAAAACAAAUCGUUGCUACCAAGGCACCUAGGAAACCAUGAUGGGGCCGGUCAGAAUGAUGUAGAGCUCAAAUGA